CACCCGGCCCCGGGACUGUGCUCGGCCGGAAGUGGCCGCUGAGGACCGGGGGCGGGUUUGGUGUGCGGGGCCUGCCACGGCAGGUAACAAGCCGUAGAGAAUCGGGAUGGAGGCCGUAGCGACAGCGACUGCGACGGCGGCGACGGAACCCGGUGAAGGCUGCGCGGAGCCCAGUCCUGGGCACUGGGGGGAGCUGAGCUGGACGCCGGUCCCAUCCAGACCCCAGGACAAGGCAGAAGCAGCAGAGGGAGCGCCAAGGGCCCUAGACACUGACCCCCCAGAGGUCGAGGACGCGGCAGUGAGUGCCAUGCUGCGCGCCGUGGCUGCCAGCCGCCUGCCCGUGUGCAGCCAGCAGCAGGGCGAGCCCGACCUGACCGAGCAGGAGAAGGUGGCCAUCCUGGGCCAGCUGUACCAUGAGAAGCCACUGGUGUUCCUGGAGCGCUUCCGCACGGGCCUCCGGGAGGAGCACCUGGCCUGCUUUGGCCACUUGCGCGGUGACCACCGCGCGGACUUCUACUGCGCCGAGGUGGCCCGGCAAGGCAGCACCCGACCCCGCACCCUGCGCACCCGCCUGCGUAACCGCCGCUACGCUGCCCUGCGUGAGCUCAUCCAAGGGGGCGAGUACUUCAGCGACGAGCAGAUGCGGUUUCGGGCCCCGCUGCUGUACGAGCAGUACAUCGGGCAGUACCUGACCCUAGAGGAGCUCAGCGCCCGCACCCCGGCCCACCAGCCGCCCAAGCCCGGCCCCCCCGGCGCUCCCGCCUGCCCGCUCUCCGACCUGCUGCUCCAGUCCUACCAGGAGCGGGAGCUGCAGCAGCGGCUGCUCCAGCAGCAGGAGGAGGAGGAGGCCUGCCUGGAGGAGGAGGAAGAGGAGGAGGACAGCGACGAGGAAGACCAGAGGCCUGGCAUAGACUCGGAGGCCUGGGUCCCCGACUCAGAAGAGAGGCUGAUCCUGCGGGAAGAGUUCACCAGCCGGAUGCACCAGCACUUCUUGGACGGCAAGGAUGGAGACUUUGACUACAGCACCGUGGACGACAACCCUGACUUCGACAACCUGGACAUAGUGGCCCGGGAUGAAGAGGAGAGGUACUUCGAUGAGGAGGAGCCCGAGGACGCACCCAGCCCAGAGCUGGACGGGGACUGAUGGCUGCGGCCGCCCACCCCGCCCACCCCGUCCCCCGCCCCAGCAAGGCCGCUGAUGACAGGCCGGCUCAGUGACUUUCUCUAGGCGACAGCAGGGUGGCUGCCCUCUAACACCAAGACUCGCUGGGUCUGGUCCCAUCUCCGCAGCUCCCUCCCCCUUGCUCUCCAUUUCCUUCUCCCCCUGAACCCUGGUGCCUCUCUCCCUCUUCUCUCCUCUCUCUCAGUCUUUUUCUCACCACCUUUCUGUCUCCUGCUUUCUGUGUCUCUCCCUCUUUCCCCCCUCUCUCUGUGCCCCGGCCUCUGUUCCCACAGCAGGGCGCAGGAUGAACAUCCUCCCCUUGACCUAGGCCAGUGGGGCCCUUGUCGCUGGAGCUGGCCAGGUGGAACCCAGAGCGGCGCUCCGCCUCUCCCUCCCCAGCCCCGCCUCUGCUCUCCUGCCCCUCUGUGCUUGAGGCUCAGUCUCACACUCGCACCUCCUUGCCUCUGUUGCGUUCCACCUCCUUCGGCCUCCCUCUCUGGGCCCAUGGCUCUUCCCGCCCAUACACGUCCAUCUUUCGCAGCCUCUGUGCUGGCUCUGUCCCUCUCUGUCUCUCAGCCUUUAUCUCUGGGUUUCAGUACCCCCCGCAACCAAGGCCCUGAGCAUCCCCCAUCCUGGCUGCUGUGGGCCACAGAGCCUGACUGCUGAGUAAUCGGGCCUCGCUGUGGGCAGUGGGGCGACCUUGGGGGUGGCCACCGGCUCUCACCUCUCCCUCAGGACCCAGGUUUGGGAGAGGUGAGCAGGGGCAGCAUGGGAUCGUGGGCCUGCCAGGUUGGGUAUAGAGGGAGAGGAGGGGCUUUCUCCUCGCAGCCCCACCAGCCCCCCUCUGCCCAGCCACAAUUUUCCCUUCCUUCACUUCCUCCACCUCCCUCUCCCUCUCCUGUUUACACUUCCCAAAUAUGCACAGGCUGUUAUCAUGGGUCCUGAGUCAUCUCACACACACACACACACACACACACACACACACACACACACACACACACACACACACACACACACACACACACACACACACACACACACACACACACACACACACACACACACACACACACACACACACACACACACACACAGCCGGCCCCAGCAUCCCUGCCCCAAGCCGGCCCCACGGAGCCCCCUGCCGCCCUGGGCUAAUGGGAGCCAGAUGGCCGCCUGGUGACUCAGCCACUGGCCUGUGGGAACCCAGGCAUCCCGCCUUCCCAUGCCCCCAUACCCAGCUCACGCUCCCCCAGUAGACAGACGCAGGGAAGGGGCCAGCUGCUAGCGGGGGAGGACACAGGCCAUGUGUUGGAGAGGUGGGGCCCGGGGACCCCUCACUCCUGUGAGCCAGGCCUGAAGGACCCUCAAAACUGCCUCCUCCAGCAUGCGGCCCAGAGUGCCGGGGAGACCCCACGGACUCCUGGGGCCACAGCUUUUGACCCCCAGGCCUCACCUCUGCCCUCUGGCUCAACUGGAAUUAGAGCCAGACACAGAAAGUGAGAGCUAGACAGAGGCCGAGGGAUGUUCAGACAGACUAUUAAAUAAGGAAACUUCCGGUUACUGAGCAGUUCUGCCCUGUGCCAGGUCCCAGCAAGGUGCCUGAUGCCGCACUGAAUCCUCCACACAGCCCCGCGAACGAGGGGCUCAGCUCCAUUCCGUAUGUGGGUCACAGGAGGCCCAGAAUGGAGAUGUCACGUACUCAAGGCCACGUGGCCAUCAGAGAUGGAAACUCGGGUGUAGAAUCGUAAGUCCUGGAGACCACCUCCUGGCCUGCCUGUCCGCUCUCAGGGCCAUGCAGAGUAGACAGACACACAGACUUCUUCAGGGGUAACGACUGAAGGAGAGUUAGCUGUUGAGGAUAACAGCAGCUAACACCUUUGGGGCCCUCCUGGCGCGCUAGGCACUGUCCUUCCUAUGCACAGACGGACGGCAUCAUCUAGUGUAUAGUACCUGAGUCACUGAACCAUCACAGAGGUCCCAUGCAGUAUAAACUGUCAGUACUGAUAGGGUGUCUCCCAGAGGAGGCCCAAGGCGAUCCAGCCCGCUGGACUCAAACUGGGAGAGAUGUUUUUCUCUCAGGUGCUUGCAUUGAUGCCCUCAAGUUGUGAGAGGUCUUUCAUAAUACAGGCAUCAGCCCUGGGUGAUGUGCACAUUUUUCACCAGUCUAUCAUUUGAUCAUUAAAUUUGUGAUACACUG